AUGUGGUCCAUGCUUGCUGAUCGAGGAGGAGGAGGCAGCGAGGGAAGAGUGGGUGGGCGGGCGUCCGUCGUCCUUGCGAAGAAAGUGGCCUCCCUCGAUGCUGUUGAGUUGCCUCCUUCGUAGCAUACGUCGUCGACCCCGGAUCUCUUGCCCUAGCGGAGCAAUUGCUCGCCAAACUGCUGCUGCGUCUCUUAAUGCUUGCUCCGGUCCUGGAGAGAUCUUUUUUCGUGCCUUCGUCGCUCAGGAUCCCACGCGCAGCAAUUUGUUGUCUGAUCGGGUAGUGGUAGACGUCGAGGGAAGUGGUGUGGAGCGCAGUGAGGUGAGGUGAGGCGAGGCGAGGCGAGGCGGACGAGUUGGGUGGGAGGGGAGGGGACGGAGGCUUGAGCAGGACGAGUCGUAGGGUUGGGUGCAUGUAAGAGGCUGGUGUUUAAAGAGUGGGGUGUUUUUUUUGAGCCCCGCUUGGGGGCGGGGAUUUAGGGGCAGAAAAAAUGGCACAAAAUGGCAAGCCGAUGCCGGUGUUGGAUCAGCAGAGCACGCGCGAGCUUAAUUUGACGGUGCUGCAGCGCAUGGAUCGUCAUGUGGAGGAUAUUCUAACCACUGCAGCUCAUGUUACCUUCUACGAGUUUAAUGUCGAGCAAAGUCAAUGGAGCCGCAAGGAUGUGGAAGGCUCUCUUUUUGUUGUGAAACGGCGAACACAACCUCGGUUCCAGUUUAUCGUUAUGAAUCGGCGUAGUACAGAAAAUCUUGUUGAAGAUCUUCUUGGUGACUUUGAGUACGAAGUGCAAGUACCAUAUUUGCUGUACCGGAAUGCCGCCCAAGAAGUGAAUGGCAUCUGGUUUUACAACUCAAGGGAGUGUGAAGAAGUGGCGAAGCUCUUCUCUAGGAUCCUAAAUGCCUUCUCAAAAAUUCCGCCGAAGCCCAAAUUGUACGCUUCUCCGAGUUCUGAGUUUCAAGAACUCGAAGCAGUUCCUACAGCUGCCCUUGUAGAGGGGCCUUUGGAGCCUUCAGCUCCACCUCAACAAACGGCAUCGGAAGUUUUGGAAGAGCCUCUGGAGCAAUUCUUCAGGAAUGCAGUACAUAUUGGCAGCCCUGAGACCUCGGCGUCUACCUCUGCUCGACCUCCUUCUGCUUCACAUGCUUUGUCUGUACGACCUGCAUCUGUGACCUCCCCCAACCUUACCCCGAUGCCUGUACCUUCCCCUUCUCCUCCAUCUACAGGAAUUCCCCACACGCACACCCCUAUGGCUCCACCUCUGUCUUUGGAAGUACCUGAUUUUGGAGGACCUAUCCUCCUGAAACCUUCAUACUUUGUACCACCACCCCUCUCUUCUGCUCCUGCAGUCACCCCGCUUGUUCCGACAUCCAUUUCUAUGCAACCAUCACAUGGCGCACCUUUACUGCAGCCAUUUCCUCCCCCAGCCCCACCACCUUCUCUAGCACCUGCUUCUAUCCCUCACGGUUUAUCGAUUACGAGGGAUGGGGUCCGUGACGCACUUUUUCGCUUGUUUCAGAACGAUCAUUUCAUCGACAUGGUAUAUCGGGAGAUGCUCAAUGCACAUUCAACAUAGCACUGGACAAAUCAGUAUUAUACUAUAGUUUGGGACGUGUGUGUUAUAGACGGUGUUGUGUGAUACCUCAUUGGUAAGAGUUUUUUUUCUGUAGAUUGCUCAUUUAUGUCAGUCAGCUCUGAACUAAGCAGCUUAAUCUGAGCAAGAUUCGCACGUAGGAUGUACAUCAAAGUACUGGUUUGUCUUGCUCCCCGUUUCCGAUGACAUAUUUGGGGAAAAAUGUAGGACCUUGUGUACAACAUGUAGGCCAGUUUUGUUUAUAUUACAAGAAUGUGAAUUUAAUGGGUGAAAGGCUGGAUUCUAGUUCACGCAGCACAACCGACCACUUGAAAUAGCUAGUUAGUAAUGAACACAUCUGUUUUAGAGACAACUGGGGUUAAGUAGGUCGGUGGUCAAGUCUGGCAGGGUGGUAGAAAAAAAGAUAGAUUUUUUAAAUACUUUUAAGCCGAUCAGAAGGAACAUAUCAGAAGUGGCUCUGUCUGUGGUGCUGAACGUAGGAAGAAUCUUUGUACUCCGUACCAUAAUUGUGUAACAUUGGAGCUCAUCUGUAACAAGUCUCCAUUUAAGCUGUAGCUUCGUCGACAUUGGUUGGAACUUCACAGUGACUGGUGAAGUGAAGAGAUGGGGACUGUCCAGUCACAUGCAGACUAACUCCGCAGUUUUGUAAAUUGCACUUCUGUAACCUGGCAAAGCUGUGGGAACUUUGCUAAAAGUUCUCAUUCCAAGCUUUGUUAUUUAGCUUUUUGGCGAUGUAGUGGACGACUUAUUCAACUUUUCAAUUUG